GUGUCGUUUUUCGGUGUCGAGCGAAACGAGUCGUGUACGUCUGGUGAGAGUGAAAUAUCUACGCGUUAUUCAAGAGACAAACGAACCUAUUCCAUCGGCCGUGUGUCGUGAAUGUCACGAAGAGAAAGUGCGUGCGUCGCUACAAAUUUCGUUCCUCCUUUGUAUCGUACUGGUUGAUUAAAUCGCACACGGUCGAUCGGCCUAACCUCAAAGCGUGAUCUUCGCGUAUCGUUAUUUCGAGGCACAAGUGUUUUGUUUUUUCUCUUUUUACGGCUACUGCCGUGUUCGUACGUUUCCAGCAAAAGUAACGGUCGAGGCGUAGAGCUUUCGACCAUUCUUCACGGGCAUCGAUGACGAAAAUGAGUUCGCAGCAAAGUCCAGCGGCGUUACAGUCGACGGUGGAUCGUGAAAAAGUUUACACUUGGAUAAUCGAAUUGUCGAAUCCCGAGGCGAGAGAAAACGCUUUGCAAGAAUUGAGCAAAAAACGAGAGGUGGUGCCCGAUCUAGCGCCGAUGCUCUGGCAUUCGUUCGGAACGAUCGCGUCGUUGCUUCAAGAGAUCAUAAAUAUUUACCCGGCCAUUAAUCCAGCUACCCUGACCGCGUAUCAGAGCAACCGCGUGUGCAACGCGUUGGCUUUGUUGCAAUGCGUCGCUAGUCAUCCGGAAACUAGAUCGUCCUUUCUACAGGCUCACGUGCCGCUGUUCUUGUAUCCGUUUUUGCACACGGUCAGCAAGACACGUCCGUUCGAGUAUCUCCGACUAACGAGUUUGGGCGUGAUAGGAGCAUUGGUAAAGACCGACGAGCAAGAGGUGAUUACGUUUUUGCUCACCACGGAGAUCAUUCCGCUUUGUUUGCGUAUCAUGGAAAGCGGAUCCGAGUUAAGUAAGACGGUGGCUACGUUUAUACUGCAAAAAAUAUUGCUCGACGACAGCGGUCUUUCGUACAUUUGUCAAACGUACGAUCGAUUCAGUCACGUGGCUAUGAUUUUGGGGAAAAUGGUGUUGUCGUUGGCCAAAGAUCCGUCCGCCAGAUUGUUGAAACACGUGGUCAGAUGUUAUCUGAGACUUUCGGACAAUCCGAGGGCUCUGCUGGCGCUUAGGCAGUGUUUACCCGAUCAGCUCAGGGAUAACACGUUCGCGACGUGUCUGCAAGAGGAUGCGUCGACCAAGCAUUGGUUAAAUCAACUUUUGAAAAAUUUGGAAACCGGUCCUCAAUCCGGGCCUCCGACGCAACCGGGUCAACAGGAUCCUAGAACUAUCGGCAUGUCGCCCCUUGCUUCUUAAACCUUGCUCGCUUUCCAAAGUUCGCCAAGGAACAUGGAAACAGAAUGCCAAGCGUGCAGUUUCUAACCGAGAAACGUCGAAUAUCCUCUUUGCGCGGGAUAACCAACGGACGAUAAAAUCGGAUGUAUAGGAAAAACGAGAUCUCGUAAGAUGCAUCUCGAAGCAUUAUUACCCGCGGCGGAUCGAGGCUGCGGCUGUAAUGACCGUAGCGAUGGCGAUGGCGAUGGCGGUGGCGGUGGCGGUGACGGUAGAGGUGGCGGUGGCGGUGACGCAUAAUAUCCGACGGAGAGACACCGUUAAACGUCCCGGUUCGUGGAGGAAGCGUUCGCAGUUUACGGGGAAUGUCAAAAUCUCCGAGAAGCGGACUCGAUAGCCUACGAUUGUAACGAAUGUACACGUCGUGUAAAACGUUUCCUGAAACCAGUCCUAUUCUCUUUCUCCUCUUCUCUUUUUCCUCAUUGUGCCCCUC